AUGGAGCUCUCUAAGGGCCUGCUGCUGCUUGUGCUGAUAGUGUGCACCCACUCUGGACAUGCUGCAGGGAUACCCACCGCUGUACUGGUGCUGAAUCCUGACCAAUCACAGUUCUACAUUGGAGAGUCUGUCACUCUCAAAUGUAGCAUACAGCAGAACUCCUCAAGAUGGUGGUACAGUUGGCAAAGAGAUGGACAGAAGGUUUACCCAAGAGUGAAUCUCCGGACUAAGAGUAAUAAGUACACAAUACAGCAUCUGCAGGUGUCCCAUAGUGGUAACUACACCUGCAAUAGAUAUGAUGACAGAGAAGAGUUCAAGAGUAGGACUAAAGCAAUACACGUAUCAGAGAAACCCCGGGCAGUUUUGAGUUCCCUCUCACAGACCUGGCUGACUGAAGGAGACUCAGUGACUCUGAGCUGUGAGGUUAGAGGCUCCACUACAGACUGGAGAUUCCACUGGUACAAGACUUCCCCCUACAGGCCUGGCCAUGGGUUAAGAUAUAUCACACACAAAAACAAAAUAUAUGAUGUAGAGGGGGUCUCAGACAGCAUCAGAGGAUCUGGAGGCUCCUACACUCUCAGCCCUGCUGCUCUUAGACACACAGGGGUUUAUGUGUGCAGAGCAGAGAGAGGAGAGCCAGUCUAUCACACAGAGUUCAGUCAGCCUCAGCCCCUCUGGGUCACAGGUGUGUCUCCUCCAGCUUCUGUCAUCAUCCAUUCAAACUGGACCCAGAUCUUUACAUUUGAGUCUCUCUCCCUGAGCUGUGUGGUUCAGGGCAACUCAACUGGAUGGACACUGAGGUGGUUCACAGGCAGAGGAGGAGAAUCAAAGUGUAGAUCAGAAACAAGAUCCAGCUGCAGUAUCAGAUCAGCAUCUCCAUCAGACAGUGGAGUGUACUGGUGUCAGUUUGAGUCUGGAGAGCAGAGUAAUCCUGUCAACAUCACAGUGCACGAUGGAGACGUAAUCCUAGAGAGUCCUGCCCAUCCUGUGACUGAGGGAGAUGCUCUGACUCUACGCUGUAGAUUUCGCUUCAAGAUAUCCAACAUCAGGGCUGACUUCUAUAAAGAUGGGACACUCCUGCAGACCUCCACCACAGGAGAGAUGACCAUCCCUGCAGUCUCCAAGUCACAUGACGGCCUCUAUAAGUGCAGGAACCCAGAGAGAGGAGAGUCACCAGAGAGCUGGAUCACCAUCAGGAUGUUUACCGUUAUGUAUACGUACAUGAUAUUUGGAUAUGACACUGUCAACUGCAGUGUGUUUACAGUUUCAGAUCCUGACUCCUCUAAGUUGGUGGUAGUGGUGAUUGUGGUGAUUGGGCUCCUCAUAGGCUUUGCUCUGGUCACUUUACUGGCCCUGCUGUUUCACUUCAACAAAGUUAAAGAUUCAGGUUCCAGUACAGUGAGGCGAAACCUAGACCAGCAACUGCAGACCACCAAUCAGAGUUCAGACCCGGACCAGACCACCAAUCAGAGUUCAGACCCAGACCAGAGGAAUCAGGAUCAGAGUCAGUCUGCAGGAAGUGAGGGGACUCAAUCAGAGUAUAUGCCUCUGCAGAAGAGAUGCACAGAUGACUAUGGCACCCUCACACCCUUGUAUAUGCCACUGCAGAAAGCAGGUUCCACAGAUGUCUAUGAAACAAUUAAAUCAUCCAAAGAUUCCUGUGAAGGUUUUGAGGAGGGGUAUGACGAUGUGGAUCUCCCUGAUACUUGAGAAAAAGGAAAAUACUUAACUUAGAGAACAAGACAGAUGUAAGAACUGGAAAUGUCCAGUGAAUAUUUGAAAGUUGAAUGAUGUGUGAGUUCACUGAAUGAGGAUUUAUAAAAGUAGUAUGAUGUAAAUGAUGUCCGUAUAAGGCCCUACCUGCCAAUUCUUACGACUAACAUCACAAUAAUGCCUUUGAGCUAGACAGUAAAUGUAUAUAUAUUUUUAGCAUGAUCGUUAGUGUGAAUGUACCGUAUUAAUGAAUUUGCAUACAUACAUGUAUUCUCAAAUAUGACAUUACUUUUUUAUGGGACAAAAACUCAAAAUUACUAUUUAUAUUUUGUGUGUGUUCAUUAGAAAAGAGAAUAGGGGCACAACUUGCUGUAGUGUUGUAAUGUACUAACCACCAUUAAAUAUGAACAGCACCCUUAAUUGUUGUAUAAUGGUGGCAGGCCAGGCAAUUAGCUUGCACAUUAUGUACAGACGUAACGUGAUUGAAAUAUAUUGCUCCUAUCAUCUCAUGUAAAUGUUCUGUCUUUAAUUAUUGUCAUUGAUUUGAAGCUGUUUCACACUUUAAAAUCUAUUCAAAAUAUGGGAUAAUGUAAAGAACUUCGGCCGUUAUUGGUAAAAUAAGUCCUGACAGAGUGAACCGGACCCCAAUGCGCCAAAAUGCCCAUUUCCAAUUUCUCUAAAACACGGGCACAAAAAUAUGCAUGGAUGUGUAUUUCUUUGAAAUUGAGUAAACAACUGACUGCAUAUUAAAUUGAGAAGGUCUGCGUGCUAAU